AGAUAUUUAAGAUAGGAUUAAAUCGGUAUUAUCACCAUGGAGGUUUUAACUGUCGCUCAGUUAAAAGGGCUCGAAAAACAUAAAUAUUCUUCUACUGGAAGCUCCCUAGUUGAGCCUGUUAUGCAGGUAUUUUGGAGAUGGCUAAUCGAGUUAUUUCCGAUGUGGAUUGCCCCAAAUAUGAUCACCAUUAUUGGAUUAAUAGUAAACAUUGUUUGCUCAUUCUUGCUUAUGUGGUAUUGCCCCACCGCCACGGAAACUGCCCCAAGUUGGGUUUAUUUUAUCAACUGUAUUGGUUUGUUUAUCUACCAAGCUUUGGAUGCAAUUGAUGGGAAACAAGCUCGAAGAACUGGGUCGUCUACUCCACUUGGAGAAUUGUUUGAUCAUGGUUGUGACUCAGUUUCGUGUGUAUUUGUUGCCCUUGCCACUUCUAUCUCAAUGCAACUCGGCUACCAUCCCUGGGUGAUGUUUACUAUGAGCGUGUCUUCCUAUUUUACAUUUUACUUCGGUCAUUGGUGCUCCUAUGUCACAGGUGUUCUGCAGUUUGGACUUAUUGAUGUUACAGAAAUCCAGCUUUUUACUAUGCUGGUUUUCCUUUUCAGUGGUACUUUUGGUCCAGCAGUGUGGAGCACACAGAUACCAGUAUUGGGAUACCCUUUACAUGUAGUACCCUUUAUCUUUGUAGUCAUUGGCUGCUUGGUUACCUAUGUUAGAUUCACAAGAAAAAUAAUGAAUGGUGGUUGUGGUCAAAAUGGAUCAACAAUUGCGGACACAAGUGUUAUCUCUCCAUUUUUUAACAUAGCUGUUGUUGUUGCUUUUUGUUUAAUGAUCGCAACACAGUCAAAACACAUGCUUUUUCACAACCAUCCUGUUUUGUACUUGCUUUUCUUUGGAUUUGUAAGUGCAAAAGUUACAAACCGGCUAGUAGUUGCUCAUAUGACAAGAAGUGAGCUUCAUCUACUCGACACUUCCCUACUGGGACCUGCAGCCUUGUUUCUCAAUCAAUAUUUUGGAUUCUAUGUGAAUGAAUACUUUCUUUUGUGGAUCUGUUUCAUUCAUUCAACAUUUGAUAUUGUGCAAUACAUGGUACAAACGUACAACCAAAUCGCAGACCACCUAAAUGUUUACAUCUUCUCCUUAGCACCAAGAGAAGGUGCAAAAAAGAAGAACAAUUAGCGAGACAUUUGUGGAAAUUCACCGUACCAUGUGGGAUUCCAGUAUAUUACGCUAUACGUUGCAUUUUUGUUUAAAAUGUGAUAAAUUUUACUUAUAUGGUGAAUGAAUUGACAAUGUACAAACAAUUAUGUACUUCUUACGUUGCCUAAUCUAUUCGGGCUGUUGUUAAGCACUUUUAACGCCUACAAAAAGUUAUAAACAAAGUAAUGCCCCCGCUAAUUAAGUAGUACACUUAUUGUGAUUUUUCAUCCGGCUGAAACUCCUAAUCAGUGUGCAUUUUAUUAUGCACUAUACACUGUGGAUCAUUCAAUAUCAUUCCGGUUAUAUCAAACUUUAACUUGACACAGAAUAAUUGUAGCCUUUAGGACUUAACAUUUGAAAGUCCUUGGUUUGUGUUUUAUAAAGGUUUUAAAUAAUGCAAAGCUGGCUUAGUAUGUUUUAAAACCAAAUGAAAUGCAGAAAGCCACUUCCUGGUAUUCAGUUAUUCAUGGUAAAAUACUGUUGAUAUAGAUAACGAUAAUGACAACAUUUUUAAGGGGCUUUUACUGCAAUAAAAUGCUAAUUCACAUAUUAUUAUUCAUUUAGUUGUAAUUGAUAACAGCAAAAUGAAAGUUUUACUUUUUAAAGCAUAAAUUUCAAAUCCUUGAUAUAUAUAUAUUACUAUAAGUUAAUUCUCAGUGAUGCGAUUUAGUUAUUAUGGGUUACGCAAGUGCACUAAUAACAAUGUAUCAGUAUGUAAUUUUUGUUUGACUGUAUACAUCUACAUGCUUGAGUAAUCUGUCCAUAAGCGAAAUUGCCCAUACUAGUUUUUUCAUUUGUUAAUUGUAAAUUACCUUUUAAGCAAUCAAAGCCUUGUUAAUUAUAUUACUACAGUGUUUACAUUAUACAGAGUCAAAAUUUUACUAAUUCGAUGUUUAUAUUAAACUUAGCCAGAAAUACAUUUUAUUUUGGUAACCAUUGUUCCAGCUUUAUUAUAUUCUGCUAACAGCCCAAACCUCUAAGCAAAAUGUUAUUGCCAUCGGUUUGUUAUUAUUUGUGCAUUAUUUUAUUUUCUGGUGAAUUUCCUUGUGCAGUUUAUGUCAUUUGAUCGAAAACCAUUGGUGUAGGUGUUUAUACUAGCAAUGUACCAGAAAUUUUAAGGCUUGGCUGCAGUUUUAACAGCUCCUUUUUUUGUGCCUUUAAUUCUGUGCAAAAUUUGUAGCUAAGAAGGGCAUGUGAUGGUAUGUUAGUAUAUGCAGUGUGUUCUGUGUUUUUCGAUCAAAGUGAAUGUUUUAAAUCAACAG